CUGCACGGCCGCCAUGUUGUUGUGGUUGUGAGAGGAGGCGGCGGUGGUGGCGGCUGCAGUGGGAAGCCGAGCGACCCCGGCCGAAGCAGGAGGCCGCACCCCAAGAGGGGUGUGGGGGCUCCGCGCCAUGCCCUGCCCCGCGUUGCCAUUGUGAAGUAUUGGAGCAUUGCCUGAGACUUUCUGGGACAGAGAGGACUGUUUUGUUGUCUAUUACUCUUUGAAUUAACAACUGUCUAUGAAAACAACUUGGACACUCUAGUGAGUAGUCAGCAAGACAGGAGGAACCAGCAAAGUGGUGGAACCAAAAUGAUUUUAAUAAGUGAAGAAGAGCCUUUAAAUAUUUUGAGUAAAGACGAGGAUCUCUCCUCCUAUUCAGGGCCUGUCAUGGAUGAAGAGACUCAACACAGCCUUGAGUGCAUCCAGGCUAAUCAGAUUUUUCCCAGGAAGCAGCUGAUCCGAGAGGAUGAAAACCUUCAGGUCCCGUUCAUUGAACUUCAUGGUGAGAGUACAGAGUAUGUAGGACGAGCAGAGGAUGCCAUCAUUGCACUUUCAAAUUACAGACUUCACAUCAAAUUCAAAGAGUCUAUUGUGAAUGUUCCAUUACAGCUUAUAGAAAGUGUUGAGUGCCGCGAUAUAUUUCAACUCCAUUUGACUUGCAAAGACUGCAAAGUUAUAAGGUGUCAGUUCUCUACUUUUGAGCAGUGUCAAGAUUGGCUUAAGCGACUGAACAAUGCCAUCCGCCCGCCUUCAAAGAUAGAAGACCUUUUUUCAUUUGCCUAUCAUGCUUGGUGUAUGGAGGUAUAUGCCAGCGAAAAAGAACAGCAUGGGGAUUUGUGUCGGCCAGGAGAACAUGUAACUUCAAGGUUUAAAAAUGAAGUUGAGCGGAUGGGUUUUGAUAUGAACAAUGCCUGGAGGAUUUCCAACAUCAACGAGAAAUAUAAACUCUGUGGUAGUUACCCGCAGGAAAUCAUAGUUCCCGCCUGGAUCACGGAUAAAGAGCUAGAGAGUGUGGCAAGCUUUCGGUCCUGGAAACGUAUCCCUGCUGUUGUGUACAGGCACCAGAGUAAUGGAGCGGUUAUUUCCCGCUGUGGACAGCCUGAGGUCAGUUGGUGGGGCUGGAGGAAUGCAGAUGAUGAACACCUUGUCCAAUCUGUAGCCAAAGCCUGUGCCUCAGAUUCAAGGUCCAACAGUAACAAAAUAAUGAAUGGAAAUUGUUCUAGAGAUUUCUCCAAUGGAGGGGAUCUGUCUGAUGUGGAAUUUGAUUCCUCAAUCUCUAACGCUUCAGGAGCAGAGAGUUUGGCAAUACAGCCUCAGAAGCUUUUGAUCUUAGAUGCACGGUCCUAUGCAGCAGCUGUGGCUAACAGAGCCAAAGGUGGAGGCUGUGAGUGCCCAGAGUAUUAUCCAAACUGUGAAGUAGUGUUCAUGGGGAUGGCAAACAUUCACUCCAUCCGGAAAAGCUUUCAGUCCCUGCGUUUGCUCUGCACACAAAUGCCAGAUCCAGGAAAUUGGUUGUCAGCUCUGGAAAGUACCAAAUGGCUGCAGCACUUAUCUGUGCUUCUGAAAUCUGCGCUACUUGUAGUUCAUGCCGUGGACAGAGACCAGCGACCAGUCUUAGUGCACUGUUCAGAUGGUUGGGACCGUACUCCACAGAUAGUGGCGCUGGCCAAAUUGCUGCUAGAUCCAUAUUACAGGACCACAGAGGGUUUCCAGGUGCUAGUGGAGACGGAGUGGCUGGAUUUUGGCCACAAAUUUGCAGAUCGCUGUGGCCAUGGUGAGAAUUCGGAUGACCUAAAUGAGCGCUGCCCAGUGUUUUUACAGUGGCUGGACUGCGUCCAUCAGCUCCAGAGGCAGUUUCCUUGCUCUUUCGAGUUUAACGAAGCAUUCCUUGUCAAAUUGGUGCAGCACACCUAUUCUUGCCUCUUUGGUACAUUCCUGUGCAACAAUGCGAAAGAGAGAGGAGAAAAACAUACGCAGGAACGGACCUGUUCUGUCUGGUCUUUGCUGCGGGCAGCAAAUAAAACCUUCAAAAACCUGCUCUACUCUUCUCAGUCUGAAUCUGUAUGUAUCCUUUAUUCCACACCACAUCGGAAGAGUCCCUUUAGGGGCUCCAAGGUGCUGUAUCCAGUGUGCCAUGUGCGUAAUCUAAUGCUGUGGAGUGCUGUUUACCUGCCAUGUUCUUCCCCCUCUACACCUGCUGAUGACACUUGUGCCCCAUACCCUGUUCCAGGCUCUAGCCCUGAAGAUCAGCCUCUGGGCAGGUUACCAAAGACAAGAUCAUUUGACAAUCUGACGACAGCCUGUGAUAGUAGCAUGCCUACAACCAAUCGACGUAGUAGUGAUCCCAGUCUAAAUGAAAAGUGGCAAGAGCACCGUAGGUCUCUGGAACUGAGCAGCCUUGGUAACCCAGGGGAUGAUCCGUUUGAUGGAGAUAGCCUGAGCAAACAAGGCAGGGCUCCAGUUGGAGCAGAACUUUCUGUUGCAGCUGGUGUGGCAGAAGGACAGAUGGAGAACAUUUUGCAAGAGGCCACUAAGGAUGAUGUUGCUCUGGAGGAGCAUGUAAGGGGUAGCCUAGAGACAGUUGGUAAAGAGGAUGAGAUUGCCCUGGAUAAGGAGAACAGAACUGAAAAUCUGCAUGGGCACGUCAGUGACCUCUGUGAAAAGACUGAGAUGGAUAAAAGUAUUGUAAUGAACAAUCCAGUGUCCAAUCCAUAUCCAGUUUCACAAGAUGGUUCUGAGCUUAAAGGACAACAGGAUGAGCAUAUUGAUCUCAGUAAUACUAUCCAGAAGUUACCUCAGUUGAAAGGACUACAGACUGUUCCUUUGGAGAGUUUUGUAAAUAGAGAUGCUCAAAAGAGCAUGGAGGAAGGUGUUAGCAAGCUUCAAGAAGAAACAGAGGGUCUGUAUAAUACACCACAGGGCAGCCUUCCAUUAUCUCUCACAAUCCAACAUGAGGCAAGAACAUCGAACGUUGAAAGUUCUACUGAAACCUUAACAGAGAAUGAAACAAAGCAAGAGCUGAUUCCUAAGAGUCUUUGCCGUAGACCUCAUCUGAUCGACAACAGUGCUGAUGAACUUUCUCGAACUAUUGAAAAUAGGCCAGGGGGGGAAAGCAUGUUAGAACUUCAAAAAGUGGGAACAAAAGUAAAUAGGACUUCUAGUAGCAGCAACACACACAUCCUGAUGCCUUCCCCUUGUGCCUUGCCUUUAGCUGAAUGUAAAGAUGAAAUUGUGUGUAAUGGAGAGCUGUCACCUGAAAACAAGGUGACAGAGAAGCCUGUGGGGUUUAGAGUUACCCAGAAAUAUCCUGCAACAAAUGGACAUUGUGUGAAUGGAGAGGACAGUAGGAUCAAAGCUUCUCUGAGUCGGCAGGUCUCUACAGCUAGCUGCAGUUCUGCUCAGUUUCACUUCAGGAACUUGCACCAAAAAUGGACGUCUAGUCAUCCUGGGAAGCCACAGACAGCCAGCAGCCCAGACCAACCUGCCAGAAGUCACCUGGAUGAUGAUGGGAUGCCUGUCUACACUGAUGUUAUCCAGCAGCGCCUGCGCCAGAUAGAAACUGGGCAUCAGCUGGAAGUGGAGACCUUGAAGAAACAAGUGCAAGAGUUGAAAAGCCGACUGGAGAGCCAGUUCCUGAAUAGCUCCUUGCGUCUCAAUGGUGAUUAUGGAGAUGAAGUGACUUCUAUACCCGACUCGGAAAGCAAUCUGGAUCAGAACUGCUUGUCUCGCUGCAGCACAGAGAUUUUCUCUGAAGCCAGCUGGGAGCAGGUGGAUAAACAGGACACAGAGGUGACACGAUGGCUUCCAGACCACCUCGCUGCACACUGCUACGGCUGUGACAGUACAUUCUGGCUUGCCAGCAGGAAGCACCACUGCAGGGACAUUGAACGUGUUGAUCAAAUCCGGAAUUGUGGAAAUGUGUUUUGCUCCAGUUGCUGUAACCAGAAGGUGCCAGUUCCUAGUCAACAGCUCUUUGAACCCAGCAGAGUCUGCAAAUCGUGCUACAGCAGCUUGCACCCGAGUAGUUCCAGCCUUGAUCUUGAACUGGAUAAACCCAUCACUGCCACAUCGAAUUAAAGCUCCAGCCUAGAAGAAACGGGGGAACAGCUGUGUGGACCCUUACCCCAACAGACAUGCACAGUCUUGGUGGGAGGAGGCUGGGAGGACUGAAGAAGCCAUGCAGUUUGGAGCUUGAGGCAUGGAACACUGCUCAGCAGGACAGAAAUCUAGGAUGAACCACUGGAUUGUGGAAUUCUCCUUUUCCAGUUAUUCCCCCCUUUCCUUUCUAUCCUAUUUGUGUGCGUGCGUGCGUGUGUGUGUGCGUAAUGUGUGCGUGUGUGUAUAUAUAUAGUAAUAUAUAUAUAUAUAUAUAUAUAUAUACAUAUAUAUAUAUGUUUGCUGGAAGAUUGUGAAGUGGGAAGGGAGCUGGCACCAGAACCAGAUCCCUGUAUGUCCCACUGGUGAACUGUGUUGCAGACAGACUAUUUUAUGGAGGAAAGGAGAAGAGGGGAAUCAGUCCAGAGUCGGCGUGCAAAGUGUGAAUAUCUGUAGCAUCAACGCUAGUGCUUUCAAUCACUCCUGUUACUUCCAAACAAGAAACUGCUGUUUGGGAACCUGUUGCUGCUAGAAGAAAUGGGAAUCUGUUUCCCAAGAGAGCACUCUCCCUCUCUGUUCUUAGAGUGGGCUUAGUUAUCUUCAACUGCGUGAAGGGGGAAUCAAUCACAGAUUUCCAUCCUCAACGGCUAUGUAUUUACAUAUAUAAUCUAUGUGUUUUAUUGCCAUUUGCCCUGUUAGCUGUGACUCAGAGUGGAAACACCUGGACAACUUUGGCUAAGGAAAGUGUGCACUUGUUUGAGAGAGGUGAAAAGGAGGGGAUUGAACAGGCUGCUGAGCAGAGAUUGGUUUUACACUGGCGCCUCUAUAUGUAAAUGCAAUUCAUUAUUUAAAAACAAGUGGGAAAGUAGAAGACCUCUCUCCGUAGACUUCUCUCCUUGCCCCAUCUGUCAGAUGAUUUACUCCAAAUGCAGAGCUACUUUUGGAGCGGUGCACUUGUCGUGGUUUGUGCCGAUUGUUGUGCUGUUAAUUAGAGUCACACCUUAAUGAGACUAUCCAAAGCAACUAAAUUUAUACUAGUAAAAUACUAGUAAAAAUGCUGGUAUUUUAACCAGGCUCAGUCCAUGAGAAGUGCACUGAUGUUGGCGAUACUCCUGGGAUGUUUCCUCCUUUUUCAGUCUAUAUUCAGUAUAAUCCAGAUAGGAAAAUCCUGCCUGAAGAUUAGAGACCUAAAAUAAAUCAUAAGUUCCUCUUCUUCCUUAUGUCCUCAUCUGAGUCAGCUUAUAAAGCCACCUUGUUAAAGUGUAAAUGUCUUGAAUAUCUGUUUCUAAAUGAGCGUUAGGUACUCAUCCCCUUUUCGUUUUGGUAGAACCUGUUUAGUGCAAUCUGACAAGAAAGAAAUGUGUAUGAUAAUGUCCUGCUUCACAAUUUAUUGCUGAGACAAAGUUAUGACUUCUCUUGUGAUAGUCUCAAAAACAAAGAAUCCUACUGGAGUAUUUGGAAGUUUUAAAUAGAAAAGCUCAAAAAAAAAUCUAACAAGUGUUGGGAAAGGAGCACUCUCCUUCAGCGGAAUUAUAUAAUCCGAAGUGAGUAUCUACAGAGAAAACCAGCUUAGAAUAUUUGUUCUAUUGGAUGGGGAAGGAAGUGUCCAGGUAAUUUAUUUUUGAUGUUUAAACUUCCCAUGCCCUUUGAGAGGAUCAUUACACUGCUGCAGUGUAAGCUGAAGAUUUACAAGACAAAAAUGAAUGUCCAGGAGGCUGGUUUAGCAUAAUGGCCUGUGUCCUUAUGGGAAGGGAAUCUGAUAACGAAGCAUCUUGGAAUCUUCCCUGGCACAUAUUUGGAAAUGUUUUCAAAUCAUCAGGAGGGAAAGGCAAAGAAGAUGACAGAGUCUGCAGUUGGAGUUGUAGCUAUAAGUAUUUGUUUCUAAACCAGUGCAGUAAAUAUCUGGAAUAGAACUUUAGGCAUUAGUAUAGCAGGUAAAACAGAGAAAGUUGGAACAGGAAAAGGAUAAUAUACAGCUCCUGUCUCUCUGGCUUUUCCACUGAGGUGGGUGAUUAGGAGUUUGAUUUUAGGAGACGCGGUGUAGUUCUACACACUAACAUUGUGUGGUUUUGUGGUGCAAAUAGACAGUCAAAAACAAGCCUAAGAUUCUGCAAUUCCUAAUGACAGGUGCCAAGAGGGUAUGAUACGGGUUUGGGGGGUCUGUGAUGUACAGUGUGAAUAAAUGCUUGCAGCUCUUAGUCUUUUUUUGAUCAAUGAAGCACUUUUUUAUUAAUAUUAUUUUUCUUUGUAUGUAAAGGAGGAACCAGUAUCUCUCCAUAGCUGUAUAUAACCCUUCUCUCCUAAAGAGAGUAAAGUGCUCCUAUAUUUUUCAUUUUUGUCAAAGCAAGAAGUAAAUACUUUAGAAUUGUUAAAUAUAUAAAUAAAAGCGAAUAAAGUUUAGAAUUUUGCAUGGGAGCAUUUGCUAACACACUUUGUAAUUUUUUAUUUUUCUUUCCUCUUCUUGAUAGAGGAUGUAUUUGAGGUUCAGCAGAAACACCAAGGCCUUUGAAAAAGGAGGCUGCAGCAGUCCUCCUGUUGCUUUCUUUUCCACUGUGUGUCUUUGCAAGGAACAACAAACUGUUGCUCCUAAACUUAAGAAGAAAAAAUCCUAAGCUUGAUUUCCCUGGUGCAGCAAUCCCAGGGAGGGGGAAAAGACACAAACCACAUGCGCCAUCAGGUGCUGUCCUGUACAAUCAACACAGUUUUCUUUGAGGCUGGAGAACUGCAUGGGAAUCUAACCUGCCUUGACGCCUUGUUUUUCUUCUUCCCCUUAACUGACCAUUGUAUUUCAAAGCUUAAUUCAAUGAUGCUAGCCCAAAUGCAGAAGUGGCCCAGGUCAGCAGGGAAAUCAGCCCUGCUUUCAGUGAAGUUUGGGAAAGGAAGCGCUACGUUCCCCAUCCUCUGUAAUGAGCAAGCGCUGGCAUUCACUGCAGCAACAGCGUGGUGGGAAGAUCGGAGUUUAGUUCUCAUUUGCACACUUUCUGCCUUAUUCUCAAUGCUGGAUGGUGGAGUCGUGACUCUUUGGGAACAAACCAAACUCAGGUUUAAUCUCUUUUAGUCUUUUCCCAGAAAGCGGAAAAUUCAACUGCUGUUUGUGUUGCAAAAGUCUCCUGCACAGGGCUCUGAUUAUUCUCAUUUUCUUAGGACUGCUUGCUCUUUUCAGCAGCCUGCCGCAUGCAUGCCCAUCACCUAAGCUAUUCCUCCUUCCGUUGUUUCUUUUCUUACAUAUAUUAAGUCAAGAGAAAGGAUUUGUCCUGAAUUCUCUAGGGGACUAAAGAGCUCUUUGAGCAUCUUUUGAGUUAUUUUAGGACAGGCCUGUUCUAAUCACAAGAUGUGCUGCACGGUUUUAUAAUCUCAAGGUAUUUAUUUAAUCCAGUAAUACUGUAGGUUUUGGAUAGAGCAGUGAUCCCAGCUGGUGGUAGCAUUUACAGCUUCAAGAGUAAAAUAAAAAGCAUAUAUAAUGCUGUGCACUGUUAAGAACAUGCAAAGGAACAGCAGGUUUUCAAUUAUACACCAGAAUCUGAUUUUAUAUAGCUCCUUUCAUACCUGAGUUACUUCUAAGUGCUUUUUCAGUAACUCAUUACUCUGUAGUGCAGUGGCUAUAGACUUCAUGUGCACACCAUUACUCACAGCCCUGGACAUUUGCACUUAAUUCUUGGAGUCUCUGGAAACCACUGAGCGAAACCCUAGGGCUCUCUCAUGGGCUUCAUCAGAAGGAGUUAGAGAACUUUUAAUUCCACAGAAUGUAAAGCCGUGAUUGUGCAGGUCUUCAAGGCAAAAGCAUCACCUUUCCGAUGGGCUAGCUGUUCUACUGGAGGAGCACAGAGCCGAUACUGUGUAGAAAUUCACUUCCCAGUGAUCAGCUUUUCCUAAUGAACAUCCUUUCCUCUUUGCUCUUAAGCUGCAUAAAAGUGCAAAAGCAUCAUACUGCCAUUACCUAAAUAUGCAGCUUUUGUGCUGUUUUACGUACUGUGAUUUUCUUAAAAUGAUCUUGCGCAAAGGCAAUCUGCAUAGCUUAUCAGGAGUCUCAGAAACAUUAUUAGUGGCUGAGGGCAAAAGACAAUCUCUGAGAACCAAAAGCCCCUUUCGUCCUCAGGUAGGACAGCAGCAACCCCAGCCACUCCUUACUGGUGGUGGCCCGUUACUGCCAUGUAUCAGAACAGGAAUCGCUAGGAAGCAGUGCCAUUGUAUGGCUGGGCACCAGUUAGAAAGGUUCUUGAUCUGGUGGUGAAGGGGAAGAAGGUGUCAAGAACUGCUUGGCUGAGCAGGAAAGACUGUCCCCGUGGAGUAAAGCCCCAAGCUGGGAGAGAUUUCGAACUACUGUUCUCAAUGGCAUGAUGAGGCUGCAAGGGGCAACAGCCAUGUGCAAAAAAAGCUGAGCUGAUGCAGAGAGCAUUUAAUGGAAAAAGGGCAUGCAGCUAUUUUGUGAUCUUGCUCUACUUGCUCUAGUAGAUCCUGAAUUAUUCCCAGAUAUCAAUCCAAGGAAUUGAGAGAAUUUAGCAGUGUCCAGUGUUAAAGGCAGUGUUAUUCUAGGCUCUUCUGGAAGGAGAUGCAAAUAAGCAGAUACUGAGACUGCUAAAUGGAGGCCAGGUCUCUGACAUUCGUCUGCAAGCAGGAUCCAGAUUGGAGUCUUUAAAUUUGUCCUCAGUUCAGUUCCAUUGCUUGGCAUCACUCAGAAACUGUUCAUUUAAUGUGGAAUUACCUUUUCUGAGUAAAAAGCAGAAGCAGCAAUUUAGGUUCUUUUUUAAGUUGAGCAAGGAAUGUGAGUGAAUGCAGCUUUUGUUCAUUCAGCACUCACAGAAUGGUGUAUUUAUAGCUGGGCUGCUAGGAAUUAUGUUUGCUCCCCGGUUGUUUGUUUUUUUUUUUUUUUUUUUUUUCUUUAAAGAACAGACUGGUGAUUCUCCUGUGGGGUGUUCGGUACCUUUACAGAUACAGACGCUGCUGAAGGAGCGCAUCUGCUCUGCCGAGGCAGCCAAAACCUGGCCCAGGGACCAUGACAUUUCUGGUUUGCACUUCUUUGAGCAUUCAGCUCAGUUCUUUGUCAGAGUGGGAAUCCACCAGCAUGAGAGCAAGGAAAUAGAAGCAGAAAUUUAAGAUUUGAAUACAGCCACAUUUGUGCAAACAUUGUCUGUCUUACUGUCCAUAUGCUAUAGAGACAUCCCAUUUCCUGGGCAAAGGAAUAAUAAACUUCCAUCCCUUCAUUUUCCACUCAUAAUACAGGCACUGGAGCUCGGAGUGUUGCAUUUUGCGAUUUAAGAUUACCGUGCUCUUUGGACUUUCAAAGUUUUUAAAUGCUGCUAAAGUUUUAUCUUACUAUUUAACAAAUGUUUUUAAAACGAUUUCCCAUAGUUAUGUUAUUAAAUGAUUUUUAUCUUGCAGUGGCAACCAGUGAUGCAUUUGAUUGUACAUUUUUUUUGGUGGAAUUUGUAUUAAAAUGACAUCUGAAGUCUUGAUUAAUUUCUUCAAGAACAUUAAAUGUUUUAAAACAUGCAAACCUAUGAGAGCAGAGAGUUGUUUAGCAGCAGUAUAAAGUGUUAGACCCUAGUGCUUCUUUCUUUGUAACAGCAUUUAUUCUGCUGUAGCCUCAGAGUGAAUAUUUAGAUCUUAAUAAAUUGGUCAUUUUCCUACACAGUGACAA